CAGAAGAGCAGCCUCAAAUGUCUGCGCAAGAACACAAUCGAUAAGCCUGCCUCCACGAUCGUUACGCGAAUACAAUGUUCGCGACGGGCAAUCUAAUCACAGUGCUCCGCGGAUUCAUACGAAUACACAAUCUACGUACUUCUGCAUGCUCAUGUGAUUUCUGCUUAAUUCCCUGACCACAUCAUCUGACUGAAAAAAUUUGAACCCUUGACAUUGAUGGUGGUAAUAUAUUCAAAAUUGUGAACUUGCAGAAGAAAACCAGUGAAAAAUGUUUGGGAUAGAAUGCUAUGUGUCCCAACAUGAGGGCUUCAAGGGGACUGUGAAGUCCAAUCCUGAAGAUUUCCAAGUGACUGAAAUUUCAAUAGAUGGAAAACUAGCAUCUUUAACAGAUACUAGAAUAGAUCUGAGUGCAGAACUGGGAAUCGGGUCCAUAGACAGUGCAGGAGAUUCUCAUGCAUCUCCUUUGGAAUUGGAUUCUGUGUGUGCACAAAUUAGUUCUACAUCAGAUACCAGCAAGAGCCCUUCUAUAGGUAUCCCCACCCAAGUAGGUGAAUCAUCACCCAUCCAGGUCAACACUCCGAAAGCAACUCAGGACUCUCUUCCAACAGACUGUAGGAAAUGUCUUGAAAAUAUUCUUAGUGCAGACACUUUCACUGAAUUAGACAAAUUUGCCGCAAGUGAGCUGACAUUGCUGAAAAGUUCUCAUUCUGAAUCAAGAAUGGAGAUGAACCCUAGCACUCUGGAAACACAUCAAGCCCAUCUUAAUCUAGGUGUUAUCGCAAGUAAAGAAUCUCGUACUGUUAUUCACAAGUGUGUGAGGUACCUUUACCCUCAUCUGAGAACACAGAUUCACAGGAUGCCGUCUGGGGGACUAGAGAUUCACAUUUCAAGGGAACCUGCAGUAGUGGAGUUUCAACAUCUUCAAAUUCCUCUAUCAGCAGUACUGGAAUUUCUCAAAUUUGUGGAGCUGAGAGAUCGAGAGGAUACCUUUCAUUUUGAGGGGCUGGAGUCCAAAGACCAGAGGACCAAGCUGCAUCGUUUGGUUGCCAAGCACUUCGGAACAUUCUUGGAAACAAAGACCUUUGGAGAUGGAACCAACAAUAGAGAACAUCAGAAGGUUGCAGUGCGCUUCAGACCAAUCAAAGAACGUAAGAAGAGGAAAGGAGGAGAAAGUCAUCCUCAAGAUUCAGUUUUUACAGGGUUUACUCUACAGAAGAUCAAUACAGAGACCCUGUCUGCCAUACAGCAACUUGCCAGAUUGAUAGGAGUUCAAACCUCUGCUUUCACCUAUGCUGGCAUCAAGGAUAAGAAGGCUGUCACCACUCAGGAAAUGGCUGUAAAAGAUAUCACCAGCAAAAGACUGGAAGAUAUUUCCAAUCAGCUCCCACAAUGGCUGAAAGUAGGUUCCAUACAUCCCAGGACCAAACCAAUGGUUACUGCUGAGCUAUGGGGAAAUCACUUUGACAUAACCCUUCAGAAUGUGGAAAGGAAGGCUGAAUCAUCUAAGAUUGAGGAUGGAUCUGAGGGAUGUGGAAGGGUAGAGCUUAAAACCUCCAUUGAGCAUUGCAUCAAAUGUGUCGAGGAGAAAGGGUUCAUCAACUACUUUGGAGAACAGCGGUUUGGAGCCUCGUCCCAUGAUCCCAGUCAAGCACUGACGACUAUAUCACCAGCUGAUGUAGGGCAUGCCAUUCUUCAGGGAAAUUAUAAAGAAGCAGUUUCUCUGAUUCUGUCUCCAGAUGAUGGACCAUGCGCGAAUCCAUCUGAUCACACCAAUGUUGCAAAGCGAUGCUUUCGACAUGUAGGCUCUCCCAGAGAAGCCCUCAAACUGAUGCCAGCCAUGAAAACUAGAGAGUGUCUUUUGCUCAAGGCUCUAAAUAGACAUGGUACCGAUGAUGAAGGUUGUAUCAAAGCUCUGAUGAAUAUCCCUCACAACAUGAGACAGAUGUACGUUCAUGCUUUCUGCAGUUUGCUGUGGAAUCAGAUGGCAUCAUGGAGGAUGCGUUACCAUGGUUACCAAGUAGUUGAGGGUGAUCUUGUGUCUACUACAGAUUCAAAGGUGCAUACUGUAACUGAAGAUGACAUCGCCCAGGACAAAUACACCAUCAUGGAGGUCAUGCUGCCGUUGCCAGGCAACAACAUCCAGUAUCCAUCUCACACAGCAGGAGGCGAGUAUCAAAGGAGACUGGGUGAGGCUGGACUCGGGGAAUGCACCUUCAGGAUACCCGCCCUCAAGCUCAACAUCCCAGGGGGCUACCGCAACGUCAUUGCUCGGCCGAGAAAUCUAAAAUGGGGUUUGGAUUCCACUGGAGAUCAGUGUAUAGACAAGAGAGAUGAUGGGGGAGAUUACUCCAGAGAUAUGGAAGAUACAACGUUGCCUAGCAACCAUGAAGUAAGCCCUGCCGGGAAUGUCAGUGAUGCCUCGAGUGCGGAUAGCAUCUUACCAGCAGGGAGUGGGAAUCUAAUGGAAGCAUCUGGGCGCCAUGUGAAACUGGGUUCUAAUGAAUCCGAUAGUAACCCUGCUGUGGAUGGCCGUAAUAAAGAGCAUAGGGUCAGCGCAAACCAACCCCUGGAUGUCUCUGCUUGUCUUUCUGCUUGCCACAUGGUUUCGAACACACAUGGAAACUCUACUGCCACCACCGAUGGUAGAACUCUUCCAUUUGAUACUUCCAAAACAACAGAUAAUCCCAAUAGUGGAGUCACAACCCACCAACAGUAUGAUGGUCAAUUACCAUGUCAAACCAGAGAUGGGUUAUCUCAUGGAAAUCGGCAAGAGGAUGAAUUUCAAUCAAGCAGCCAAUCGCUAAAGAGGACUUUGAAUUUGUCAUUUAACUUGCCAGCUUCCUGCUAUGCCACAGUUUUUCUGAGAGAACUGAUGAAGUCAUAGUAUCAUGUUCAACUCCUCAGUGUUCUUUCACAAUAUCUUUUAUUUUCCAUUUGUAUUUAGACGGGUACUCCAGGUGGGUGUUUCAUUAAGUUGUUCAUAAGUUAAGAGCGACUUAAAGAAAGGCUGGUGAUCCUUACUUGUGGUAAAUGGUGUAUUGAAUUCGCGAUGGUUUAGCACGUAAGGAAGGUUCACCAUUCGUUCAUAAAGUCACUCUUAAGUUACGAACAGCUUUAUGAAACAGCCCCCAGGUUGAAAUAUUAUGAUUUGAACAGAUGAAGUAAAAUCAGACGAACAGAAUGCUGAAAAUUUCAGCAAAAUCAGACAAGGAAUAACAAAGUAAUUCCGAUGGGAAAGAUUUCUGCAAGUAUUCAUGAAUAUGCAAUGAGCUAGCUAAUGAUUUACUGUCCCCACUGUUUCAUUUAUAUUUUGUUAUGUGAAAUUACAUAUACAUCUAUUCAAAUUACAUCCAAGAAUGAACAAAAAGUGGCUUUU